UAUCAAUCAACAACAACGUCCAUCAUUACCAUACUUUCGUAUAAAAUGCUAUAGCGUGAAAUCUUUUUUUUACCAAUAUUUUCGAAAUGUGGAGAUUUGCAAGCACCUUAUCCAGAGGUAUAAAUCAAAGAAUCCAAGAUUUUACCUUUAGGACAUCAAGUGAAUUUAGAGUGGACGAUGAUGACAAAAUCGAUGAGGAAUUUAAUUUAAAAAAAACUACCGCUAUUGAAAUCUCUCAAUCUUUAAAACAACCAUUUAUAAAUUCAAGAUAUCAUUAUGAUAAGCACAAUAUAAAAGCAGGGAUAAUUCCAAAUAUUAAAAAUAAUUCGUUGCCUUAUAACCCUAUUAUAAAGACAGAAACUUCUUAUAAUAAAAUUUUGUCUAACAAAUUAGUAAAUAAUAAAAUUGAGAAUAGUUCAGAAGAUUUUAAAUUUGAAAGCUUUUCCUCAUCUUUAAUUGAUACAAUACAAGAAGCUGAGUCAAAAUUAAAUCAUAUGAUAGGAUUAUCAUUCUUAAAAGAUGAAAACUAUAUACAAGCUUUACCAUGGAUUAAAUCAUCUAGUGAAUUAGGCAAUGAAAAAGCUCAAUUUAAUUUAGCACUUUGUUAUGAACAAGGUCUUGGGGUUGAAAAAAAUUUAAACAAGGCAAAAGAAUAUUAUUUGAUGUCAGCUGAAGCUGGACACUCAUUAGCUCAAUAUAAUUUAGGUAUAUUUUAUGCAAAUGGAUUUGGUGGUGAAAAAUCAAUACAUAAAAGCAAAUACUAUUUAAAACUAGCAUCUUUACACAAACACAUAGAGAGCGAUAAUAAGAUAUAAGAUUAAUUUAUAAAAACAAGUACUAUUUAAAAAUAUCAUCUUUACAUAACAAUUUUUAACAAUCAUUUAAAAAAAAUUUACAUAGAUUUUUUUUAAU